GAUCGAUCGAACCUGACGCGUGCACAAAGCCCAUGGGGCACACGGAGUGUGGAAGGUCACAAACUCAAUACUCCAGGUCGGAGCCCUCAAGGCCGACGGAAGAGCUGCGGCUCACCGCCGACCUCUUUGGGCCCGACGCCUGAGCGGCGACGAGCUCAUGAGGCAAGAUGUGAAACAGCCCGUACAGAAAAAGGAGACGACAAGAGACACAUAGUGCGUCAGAGCAAGAUGGAUGAGCAUGAUGAGCUCCUCCGCUCCGGGCGGCGCUUGCUCCGAUUUCUGGAUGCGAACAAUGACGGCCUCCUGUCGGUGGAGGAGUGCCAGCACCUCAAGGAGGAUACAUGGCUCUUUCCGAGUGAGGAUGCAUUCCUCGCGGUUCUUGAUCCCUACGAUAGUGAGUUUCUGGAUGCGGACGCCUUAUGGCAGCUCCUCUCCGACAGGCUGGAGGCGGAUCCAGCUCAAGGGGAGGAGUGGCUGAAAGGCCAACUCCCCUCCGUGAAGCGACUCUACUCGAUGCGCAGGUCGCAGACGAAGCUCAUGGACAGUCCGAAGAGUGCUCGAGGAAGCCCAAGCCCUAUGCGGAGCCCUUUGUCUUCGCGGAGUGCUUCGCGAAGCGCGUCACGGAACGGUUUCAAGCCCGCCUCGCUGGACGUAGCUUGGGAGGAGUUCUGCCGAGCUCUCCAGGUGGCAGAUAUCCACGCAGCUUUCUCAAAGCUCUGCUCCCUUCUACCAACUGACAUGCCUGAAAGCACCAGUGGCACGUCCGUUGUCCUGUACGAGAAGCUCAUGGCCAGAAUGCCCUCGGUGUCCAUUCCGCGUUUCGAGCGACAGAAGGAUUCAGGUGGCUAUCCACUCCAAGAUGCACACUUGGGUGUUGUCGGUGCCGGACCAAUCGGGUUGAGGGCGGCUUUGGAACUGGCACUGCUUGGCGCAAAGGUUCAGGUCUUUGACGUUCGGGAUGGUUUCUACCGUAUGAAUAUCUUGAAGCUAUGGGACUGGGCUGCAGCCGAUCUUCUGGACUUGGGAGCAAAGCACUUGCUCCCCAACUUUUUGACAUACAUCGACCACAUCGGGAUCCGCGAGCUGCAGUCGCUGCUGCUGAAGCUGGGCCUGCUUGCGGGAGUCCGCUACAACUGGAGUGCCAGCUUCAAGGACGUGUGCGCGUCGCCCUCGAAGAAGUUUUUGCGCGUCACGACGCAGAGGGCAUCGCUGGAUUCGCUUGGGCAGCGGACUCUGGGUGCCGAAGAGACCCACAGCCUGUCGGCUCUGGUUGCUUGCGAUGGCGGCAACAGCAGGGUCGCCGGACAGCUGGGCCUCCAGCGAGUUCGAGCUGAUGGUCUCACAGCAGAGCCAGGCUGGGAGUUCGCAGUGGUUGCCAACUUCGAGAAUUUGAUGGAGCCGGACGAUCGCUUAUUGGAAGAGUGCCCACGCGGUUUCUCUGAAGAGGAGUUGUCGCUGGUGAAGCGGCUCAUCUAUCUCCAAGGCGAGACCCAUUACUUCAUCAUGACGGUGGAACCCGAAGUGCUGGUGGAACAUGGUGUGCUACGCAAUGGCUCCCUCAAGGGGAAGGAUCUCCUGUCUGUCGAAAACGUUGAUAUGAAAAAGCUAGAGGACUUUGCCCGCAUCGUGGUUGAAGAGUAUUCGAAGAAGGUUCGUUCGCUUGGGGACAUCUUCAGCGUUGAGAUCCCAGAAGACUUCUGGACGACGAGGGCGAUUGCUUUGGACCCACGUGGCCGGCCGGCGCUCUCGGCCUUCGCGUACCACGCAAACCUGACAUGGCUUUCGCAGCCCAUUUACUUGUUUGACGGCUUUGAGCGGGAGCUCCCAGUAUUCUUUGCUGGCGAUGCGCUGCGCGAGCCUUUCUGGCCUUAUGGCGAAGGCUGCAGCCGCGGCUUCAUGGGAGCCUUCGACACCAUCUGGGCUGUGAGGUCUUGGGCAGCGGGUUUGCGAGGGGAGAAGCUUCGAAGCCUGCGAAAGAAGCUCUUCGACUUGGCUUCGAAGGUGGAUCCCGUCACGAAGGGCAGGGACGUGCUCCUGCCCUACGAGCGGCCGGUUCCUUUCGCUGGCCUCAACUUCCUCCGUGGAUUUAAGCAGCUCUCCUGGCCUGCCUGGGGCUUUGACGGCCGCAAGCGGCCGACGAGUUUCGACUACACUGUGGAUCCCACGACGAGGUAUCGUGUUUACGAGGACGAAGAGCCCGAGCCAGAGUCGAGUGAGUCGAUCUAUUCGAGUGAGGCGGCAAAGGUGAAGUGUACGCUCUGCAAUUGGUGCUGGGGCCCGGAAAACUGGUAUCGGAAGUGCCAGAGUCUCUUCGAGACUUCGCCACGCAGCCGUCGAGAAUCUGCGGUUCCUCCAGCAGAGUCGCCGAACUUGCGCUUGGAGACGGGUGCCUUGAUCCUCUCAGAAUUGCUGGGACAAGGACUACUGCUGCCCGAGCGGCCCCUGUCUGUGGAUGCAGAUGAGGCUUCAGAACCCUUCCGCCGCUCUCUGCAUGAGCUCUCGGCGCGGCUCCCGCCCGGGGCGCGCAUCGGCUUCACAGCACGAGUCUCUGGUCUUGCUGGCGUGGCAGCCGCGGCGUACAGUGCAGUCCGCGAGACCUUGGGUCCGGAGCGAUUCCUGUGGCAUGGAACUGCUUGGGAAUGUGUGCCCAACAUCGUGCGUCAUGGGUUCAAUCGGGCAUAUGCCUUCAACGCCAGGCAUGGCUCCAAGCUGGGACGCGGCGUCUACUUCGCAGAAGAUCCG